GGGAUAUCUGGGAGUGGGAGAGGACAGAGGCAGCAGUGAGGAGCAGGAUUGAGUCGGGGAAGGAACCUGUCCAAAGGGACUUCGCUUCGCGUCUGAGGUCCGCUGCCCCAGCUGGGACAAACAUCAUCCUCCAUGUUAACGAUGGACCACGCUCUCCUGACUCGGUCCAUCUGGUCCAGUGACGCUAAAUUCCUGCAGCAUCCAACGGAAAUGAACACCAGUGUGGUAGUAACGCGCUGCAUCCCUGCAGGGACGUGCUUUGGUCCAUGCGUACUUCAAAACACUUUUUACGAGACCAUCGCCUUCAUAGCCCAGAAAUGCAAUGACAAGACAGCGAAGUCCUGUGUGUUCAGGGUCGAUCCAGAGGUAAUGCGCAAUUCAACUCUGGUGCUCUCCUGGCUGCAGCUGGUGCAGGCUGCGCGCAAUGGAGAGGAGCAGAACACGGAGGCCUUUCUGAAAGCGGGUCAGGUGUAUGUGCGCACAACCCGGGACAUCCAGCCUGAAGAAGAGCUGCUGGUGUGGUAUGACCAGGAGCUCUCUCACCUGCUGGGUUUCACAGACAUGGUCAAAGAGCUAAACGGAGAAUUCAAAUGCAGGAGAUGCAACCAGAUCUUCAAAAACCAGAAUCCUUUCGUGGCUCACUGCAGAUUUCUGUGCACCCAAUCGAGGAGUGGCUUCUGGAGCCGUGAAGUCUAUGAGCACAAAACUGUGGAAACCAAGAGGCAUCACCGAGUGACAGAUUUCCACAACAUCGCCAGAGAUCUAGAGCAAAAAAUAUCCAGCAACAGCAGCGAGGAGGUGGAGACUCCCUCAAGAAAGAGAAAAGGCGACGAAGCCACACUCCCCAGAUGGCGAAAAACGGUUCUGUUAGAGAAAACAAACAUUUCAAAUGAUGAGAAUGUCACACAAGUGGGUAAGAGCUGCGACCAUGCUCCUGGGGACUCCUCCUCCUCUCCUGAGAAAGUCAAAGGUGACAAGAUCAGAGCAGUUCGUGUGCCACGGGUAGGCGCUGAUUCCGCUGAAGUUGGGGCAGUUAGGGCAGCUUUUACGCACGAUAAAGUGGUUGACACACGUUUGGAGACAGGGGAAGGAUCUGGUCUGCUUUCGAGCGGCAACAGCGCCUUUUCUUUAGUUCUGUCGCGCAGCCAAGGAGAGCAGAAAAGCGCCUUUUGUAAACCGAGUAAAAGGACUUCUCCUGCCGACGACCAGGUCCAUGUAAGCAGUGUUCCGACAGCCCCCUCUAGCCGUCUGGAUGAGAUCACUGAAGCUUUUACGAACAGGACUAUUCUGGGAUACAACAAUCUGAUGGCAUCCAGCAUCCUGGGCGGUGACCUGCAGACACUGGCCUCCCCGAUUCCAUUAGGCAACGCUUUCCAUUACGCGCCGGAGCACUGGUCCAGAAACCUUGGUGCUCAGCUCCAGACCACAUCCACCCUCACGGUCCUACCGCCGACUUUCACCUCCUCAUUUGGCGUGUCGGUGCAGAACUGGUGCGCCAAAUGCAACCUGUCCUUCCGCAUGACCUCGGACCUGGUGUUUCACAUGCGCUCUCACCACAAAAAAGAGCUCGCGGGGGAGUCGGAGGUGAGGCGGAGGAGGGAGGAGAAACUCACCUGCCCGAUUUGCCACGAAUACUUCAGAGAGAGACACCACCUGUCGAGACAUAUGACUUCGCAUAACUAAAAAAUUUAUUUAUUUAAAUUUGAAGACUUUGGUGUUUAUACUGAAUGUAGGUAAUUAAACCCUUGUCCAUCGCGGUUUGUCCACCAGAGAGCAGCAGAGGAGCGCGUCCAUCUUGCUGCCCUGUUGGUUAAGCAGUGUAACACAUUAUUUUGUGCCUUAUGGGACUCAAGAGGCUGGGCAGACUGUAAGAUCUCCAGAAAAGCUGAUGAUUGUUGAAAAAGUCUCAGUGCAGUUUCUCCUUAUAUUUUGUCAACGUUUCAGUUUGGGGAUUGUACAUGACGUGUGGACUGAGUCUGCUUUCUCAUUCAUUUAGAAAUCAAAUGUUAUAAAAGCAAAUUUUUUGGCCACAAAACAGUGUGAGUAAUUUUAUAGCUCAACAAGCAGCAGCUGAGGCAAACCUUCACGCAAUGUAUUCUGUCUGUAUUUCUUGGAGCAGUGAUUCUGAAACCUUCUGUAACAAGUACUAGCUGAGUGAAUGCCUACAUGAUCCACAAGAACAAAAAAAAAAGAAUAGUGUUAAAUACAAAGCUCAAAGCUCUUUUUGACCAGGAGAACUCAAGUGCAGAACUCCUGAGAAGUCCUUUUGGCAUACAUCAGUGUAAUAGCCAUUCCUACUUCAAGUUUCUGACCAAUCACACAAUAGUUUUUAGACAGGAUGCAAGAAAAAAGGUUCUGACCAGAUGAUGUGUCAAGAACUCCUAAACCGGGCUUCGAGAACAGAAUGAAGUCAUUUUGGUUUUGCAGCCCUGGCAGAAAGAACUAAUUUCUCUUUUCCUGUGGAGUAUGUGUAUGCCUUUAUUACUAAGUUUUCCAAGUAACACAACAAAGGUGCAUCUCACAUCUCACACAGUUUAUUUCAUUUAACUCAAAAGAUGAAACUCAUCCUUGAAAUAAGUUCAUUACACACAGUCUGAUAUUUUAAGCAUUCCUGUUAAUGUAGAUGAUUAUGGCCCAGAACUAAUGAAAUGCAAAAUUUGUUUCUGAAAAAAAAAUUGAAUAUUACAUGAGACUGAGUGGGGAAAAAUGAUUUUAUAAUUUUAUGUUAAGGUCUUUACAAUGUCUUGAGACAGCAGACAGACAAUUAACUCUCCACAACGAAUCUGAGCUCCAGAAAACCAUUGCUAGAAUUCUGUAUGCAAGCAUAUUAAUGGAAAAUCUAGUGGAAAGAGACAGUUUGGUAAAAAAGAGGUGCUGAUUUCAUUUACAUGCAGGACCUGGCACCAGCCCACACUCCCAAUAGUACCAAUACCUGGUUUAAUGACUAUAGCAUCACAAUACUUUGGCCAGCACACUCAAAUGAACUAAAUCCAUUAGAUAAUCAAUGACGUACUGUCAAGAGGAAGAUACAGACAUCAGGCACAAGAACAGGACAAGGUGAAGGCCCAUAUUAAAGAAACCUGUGCUUUCUUAACAGUUUUCAAUAGGUGUAAGCCAUAAUGAUUAAAAUUAGGUGAAGUCUCGUACUUGUUGUCUUGCGGUUCUCCGUGACUGGAUCGGAGGGGCAGCAGUCUGAGCAGAGAUGCCCAGAUUUCCCUCUCCCCAGAUUCUUCACUCAAAGAAGCUGGAGGAGGUAUCCGGAGAGAGGGAGGUAUCUGGGGAGACUUCCCUCUCCCCAGAUACCUCCUCCAACUCCUCUAGGGAAGCCUGAGGCGGUCCCAGGCCAGACGAGAGACAUUGUCCCUCCAGCAUGUCCUGUAGGAGCACCUAGGUAGGCAUCCAGGAGGCACUUAGAACAGAUCCCAGAGCCACCUCAGCUGACUGUAGUUUGAGCCUCUUCUGGAUGGCCAAGCUUCUCACCCCAUUUCUAAGGUAGUGCCUGGCCAACCUGCAGAGGAAGCUCAUUUCAACUGCUUGUAUCCUGGAUCUCCGUCAUGAGGGUAGGAACGUAGACCGACUGAAAAAUCGAGAGCUUCACCUUUUGGCUCAGCUUUUUCUUCACCAGAAAAAUAUCCUCUUCUGGUGAUUUGUAUCUAGUUAACUCAUCCAAUUAAUCAUAAGGUACUAUACAACAUCAUGUGAACAUUUUGUUCUUGUUUGAAAGCACAAAAUAGUGAGAAAUACAGUAUUAGCUUGUAUUGCCAAUAGUAGUAGAGAGCAAAUCACAGAUACACAGUUUGCUUGGGUUUGAUGUCAUUCCUAGAUCCAAUAAAGUCCGAACUUCAGGUGUAAUUUAGAACCUGUGUUUGUUUCCCAUUAACUGUCAUCAGCUUCUGCUUCUAGUCUUUGCUCACAAAAUAAUUUCCACUGCAAAUUACUGUUUUAAUGAAGCAAAAUUCAACAACUUUCAAGUGUGUUUGCAAGAAAGAACACUUUUUCUUUCACAAUACAUUUGGUUGUAUGUUAUUGAGGUAAAUUAGGCAAAUUAUGCAUCCUUUAUAAAAUUCAUUUGCAAAUUAAGUAUUCUCAAUUUUUGUUCUAAAAAACAAAAUAGAUUAUUUUAAGUAAUAAGAUGGAUACCUUUUAUUUUGUGCACCAACGAAGGUUCUCUAUGUUAUACACCUGUGUAAUUUUUUUAGUUAGAUAUUCAUUGAUUAUCGACUUUUUCAUACAUCCCAUGCUAUUACAUCUUCCCUCUUUUAUUCUUAUGUUCACUCUGUUUCAGAAGAAUUUUGCUGGCAUGUUUUAUGUGAUUAAAAUCAGUUUUAAGAAAGA